GCACUGCUUUUCUAUUCACGGUUUGAAAACUUGUGUCACGUGAUGAUCGCAGGUCAGUAGACUAUAUAGUAGUCUUUGUUAGGCUACAGUGCAAAAUGUUAAUAAAUGACCUGUUGUCACUUGUCAGAAUGGAAACCUUGGCAAUACAGCUAAGCAUCAGUUUCGGUUUCCUGUCUUUUGCGAAUUGCAGAAGGCCUAUAUAUAGCCAGGGAGUGAGUACGUGUUGGCUGUGUAGCCUAUUCCGCGUUCCCUGGACAUUACAAAAAACAACUCGCUGUAUUCAACAAGAUGAGUGCCUCGGUCAAAGCAGAUAUGGAAGUCAAGCUGAAAGCACUUGAGUGUCACUUCACAUGGGGCAUAAGGAAGGCUAACAUUAAGGACCUGGACAGCAUCCCUGAAAAACUCCUGGAUCGCAUCAUGAAGUUCUGCCCUUCAAAAUACCAUGUCACGUAUUUCAACUUACUAGCGUUCCUGAGCCACCUGGAGGAAAAUAAUGUUAGUGCUCUUGAGUAUCUCCACAAGGCUGAGAGUGCAUUGAAGGACAGACAGGAUGAUACAGAGUUACUGGUGACCUAUGCUAACUAUGCAUGGGUUCACUAUCACUCAGGGAACAUGGAUGAUGUGGAUGCCUACCUUGAGAAGCUGGAAAACAUCAAUAAGGGUAUUCCAAGGGCCUCAAAGAUUCAAGGCAGCUUACCUUCAGUACAUGGUGAGAAAGGUUGGAGCCUUAUCAGGCUUGGGGCAUUCUUUUAUAAAAGGGUAAAAGAGAGCUUUCAGAAAGCUCUACAGGGGGAGCCAAACAAUGCUUCUUUCAAUGUGGGCUAUGCCAUGGUCCUGUACAGGUUGGAGGGCAUGGUUAGGGAUAACAAAGUGAGGUCAGAGGAAAGUGAAGCUACCACUCAGCUAAGGAAAGCCUUGUCAUUGGAGCCCGAUAACUCGGAGGUUAUGGUCCUCCUAGCCCUGAAGCUUCAGAACAAAAAUAAACAAGAGUCCAUGAAACUCAUCACAGAAGCCCUCAGACUGUUUCCUGAUGUGCCUCACGUCAUGCGUUACGUAGGAAAGUUUUUCAGAUACGAGGGCUCCGUCAAUGAGUCCCUACACAUUUUGGGGAAAGCUCUGGAGCUGUCUCCAAACUCCCACUUCCUCCAUCACCAAAUUGGCCUGUGUCACAAACAACAGCUCAGUCAGAUGUUCGAGCAGAAGAGGAAAGGGGGACGAGUCAAUGGGGGCCAGAUAAAAGCAAAGGUGGAGGUCUGCAUCCGUCACUUCUCCAGAGCCGUGGAGCUGAAGCCCUCCAACAUUCACGCCAGGGUGAACCUGGCUGAGGCCUACGGGAAAAACUACCAGCUGGAAGAGGCGUUGAAGAUCUUCAUCAGCCUGGUGAAAGAUGAAUCCCUCAAUGACUCUGACAAGCAGCACUGCUACACCAGCUUCGGCCUGUUUCUGUUCCACAAGAAGAAAGAUGAGGGCAGGGCUGCGACACAAUUCAAAAAUGCCUACCAGAUUCAGAUUGAGAGUUGGGACAGGAAGGAGGCUGGGAAGAAGCUUAAGCAGAUAGCAGAGAGGUGCCAGACUAACAAGAGGAGAGUUGGCGAGGCCUCUGAGAUUUUGGCGUUCCUCGCCACUGUAGACAAAGAGGAGAGAAAGGCUGAAGAGCCAAGGGGAGUCAAUGUGGACUCUCCAGACACAGAUGACCUUACAGAUGCCCUAGGCAAAGGAAUGAAACUCAAAUGAUAUAUUUUAUUGUAACACAACGCAUGGCUUACAUAAGAAUACUGCUACGUGCAUUUGAAUGGUUUUAAUCGGGGAGUAACAUUUACUUCAAGUUGCAUGUAUGCUUCUUAUGUUUGAUUUUGUGUAAAAAAAAUUGCAAAGAAAAUUUGAGUAAGAUUCUAUUACUUUUGUAAGAUUUUGGAUGUCUUUGGAUGUGUCCCCUAUAGUGUAGAUGAUUAGAUAUCUUCAUUGACUGUUAAACUGUUGCUUAAACUGGCAGUAACAUUCUGAAGAGGUAAUAAAACACAGUACCAAAGUCUUGAUUAUCUUUUGUUCUUGUUAAAUUGCUAUGUUUUUUUCUACUUAGUUCCUAAAGCCAACAUUGCUUAAUAAAGGGGAACCACGUCAGAUA